AUGGAUCAGUGGUUGGAGCCUGACUUCAACCUUAGGUCCCUUCGGGUUGCGGAUUUAAAAAGGAUUUUACAAAAUGCAAGUGUUGAAUAUCCCGUUUAUGGCAGAAAAGCAGACUACCUACAACUUGUCGACCGGCUACGUAGACGAAGGGUAAAUAAUGGCGACAAUAAAAGUUCUACCAAAAGUAUUUCAAGCAAUUUUUCCGGUAGUUCUUCAGCAAGUUCCAAUCUCAACUCUGAUAACGAAAAUGCACCACUUUAUUCCCGGGCGAGUACUUCCUCCUUAAAAUCCGCCCAACCUUCCAGUACGAGUCGUAGCUCCUCAACUCAAACCAAUCCUCCUAUUUCUCGAUCCGCCUCAUCUUCUCCCCCCACAGAUACGGAAGAAACAGUUCGCAUGUCUUCAUUCCCUGCUGACUUUCCACUUCCCCAGGCCUCCAAAAAUAAUAGCUUUCAGUCUUCGAUGCUAGAAGAUAACCCAAAUGUCGAAACUUCUAUCACCUUGACUAGCCCUCCCCCAUUGUCCUCUACCCCAAAGCUUCGUCCUCAUGGCUCACCCCGCGAGAGCUUUCCUAUAUCGUCCAUUGAUAGUUCUACUUUGCAAGGUUCACCAAGGGUCACGCGAAAACUAAAGCCUCUUUCUUCAAGUAGCCCAAGAAAAACUCCACUAAAGUCGGUCGCGAGCCCUCGUCGUUCUCUUCCAUCCCCAUUUAAUGGUUCAUUAUCUCAUCGAAGCCAACGGCCCUCUGCUCAAGAAGCACAGUCCACUUCCCGAAAGUCUAGAAAAGAUCAUCCGCUCUCAUAUUUAGAUGAAAAUUCAGACACUUCUGAAGAUGAUACCCUUUUUGAAGAUUAUAUACGUAAGCAAAACCAGUAUACCCCUACAAAGCGUUCUUUCUCGUCAAACCUCGCCCAAAAGGCUUCUCGCUUUUAUUCUAAAGUGACAAGUAAAAGUUUCUUUUUCCAGUGUCGUGUCCAUCCUCCGCAUGUCUUGACAAUCUUACUUGGUGUUUUAGUUGCAGUUUUCUUGACUUUAUGGAGAGAUGAGGUCUAUCGUGCCGGAUAUUGUGAUGUACCUUCUGAGGGCUCCACACUUCUUCAGAAAGUUGGGCUUAGUGCUUCGUGUACUCCUUGUCCUCCUCACUCCACAGGUUUGCCUAACUUUCAACUUCGGUGCGAUUCUGGUUACAUUUUAAAUGAGCCUUGGUAUUCUAAAAUUGGUCUAUGGCCAAGGAAGAAUUGUAUUAGUGAUACAAAUAGAGAAGAAAGCGUGAUAAUUUUCUAUGAAGAAUGUUUAGACGUUUUACGAACAUGGAAUUCAAUAUUCCAAUGCAGUCGAUUGCCCGAUGAAUUAAUUGAAAAAAAUAAAACGCUUUCAAAAAGGGAUCCAUAUGUUUUUGAGGGAUUUAAAAAAUCUAAGACAACACAUUAUCCCUUGUUUUCUAUAGCGUUGUUACGACAUGCACUGUUAGAAAAAAAAUCUCCAAGUCUCUCUUUAGGCAUGUUUAAUGAUUUGUUUAAAGCAGCUUUAUAUCAGCUUGCUAAUACUGAAGAAAUUGAAAUAAAUGAAGAAAAUAUCGGCUCCUGCAGUUGGGCUAAUGUACCAUUAAGGUGUCGUCUCCGUCGACAAGUUUAUCGAACAAUAUGGAAGUACAAAUUUAUCCUUUUACUUUUUACCCUAGUCAUCGCUUGUCUUUGGAAAGUUUGUACCUAUUUUACCUUGCGCAAAAAGACUCAAAGAUAUUUACCUUUUGCUUCGCGUUUCUGUAUCGAUACGUUAAAGCGACAGAAGGCUUUGUAUCAAAGUUCACGUACUUCUCAGCCUGUAGUUCCAUUGAUUGAAAUGCACGAUUUAUUGCUUCAUUCACAUGGUGUAUUGGAGCAGUCUAGUCUCACUGAGAAGGAAAGUCGAUUGCUAUGGGAUUCAGUCGUCAAAAAAGUCGAACAAGUCGGAAGUAUACGGACUCGUGAAGCUGAAGUAGAUGGUGAAUGGACUCGUGUUUGGGAAUGGGUGGGAACGAAUCCUCUUGAUUCUUUACCAUCGCAGUAA